AUGGGCACUGGUUGUUGCAGAGAAAUGGGAAUCAGGCGGGCGGCGUUUUGGCCUGCAGUAGCGGCGGUGCUGGCUUUGGAAUUCAGCAUUCCAGAGCUGUUGGGUGAUGGGAUCAUUAACAACAAUGGAACUCCAAUAAAGAAUCAGAUGAUUCAGCUAUCACCAACCAUGCCUGCAAUUCACGCAUCAAAGCUUGUAUGGGCAUGCAUAAGGGACUUGGCUACAAACAAAGCUGUUUUCGAAAUGGUUUCAAGAAACAAGAAGUCUGUGAAAGUCGCAAAUUGGCUCAUUUGCAAUUCAGCUUUCGAGCUCAGCUUCACUGUUUUUGACUAUAACAAGUUUCAAGAACUGGCUUUGGGGAUUGAACUAACCAAUAGACCAUUUUUAUGGGUUGUGAGGCCUGAUCUUAAUCAUGAUCAUGGAAAAGAUCUUAAUCAUGAUCAUGCUUUUCCAAAUGGGUUCAGAGACAGAGCACCGAGUCACCCAUCUGUAGCUUGCUUCUUGAGCCACUGUGGAUGGAACUUCAUCAUCGAAGGAGUGAGCAAUGGAGUUCCUUUCCUUUGUUGGCCUUACUUUGCUGACCAAUUUUUAACCAGGCCAACAUUUGUGAUGUUUGGAAGGUUAGAUUUGUUGGAAAUUUCCUAA